AUGAAAAUCACUGUUAAAACACUGCAGCAGAAAGUCUUCCAGAUCGAUGCGGAGGGAUCAGACACAGUGGCCGAUCUGAAGAAGAAGAUACAGGACAACCAAGGGCACACUAUUGAGUCGCAGAAGUUGAUUUACUCCGGUAAAAUUCUACCCGACUCGAAGACCGUCGAAUCAUGCGAGAUUAAGGAGAAAGAUUUCUUGGUGCUGAUGGUCUCAAAGCCCAAAAACGUGACCAAUUUGCCUGCUGCAUCAACCAGUACCAGUAUUGCCGCCACCUCAAGUCCCGCUCCAGUCCCAGCACCAGCACCUGCUCCUCAGCCUGUAUCCGAGCCACCAUCUGUGCCGUCAGCUCCUUCACCCGCUCCUCAACCACCAAAUGCACCAAUCUUGACUCCUGCUCAGGCGCAGCCCAUCGCAGCGCCUACGACCGAACAGGCGUUUAAUGAUUCGAACUCGUUCUUGACUGGCGAGGCGUUACAAUCUACUAUUCAGAACAUGAUGGAAAUGGGUUUUGAACGCGAUCAAGUGAUGCGGGCCUUGAGAGCAAGUUUUAACAACCCAGACCGAGCAGUGGAAUAUUUAUUCAACGUAAGAGAGUCGCUACUUCAUGUUGAUUUUACAGUGCCUAUUCACUUCAUCGGAUAG